UCCAGAUAGGCACUUCUGCAUCUCCGCCGCUACGCCAUGGCGGGCGAAGGAUCUCCGACCUAUCCGCCGUCGGCGAAGCGCCAAAAGAAAUCGAGCGCGACCACCGCCGCCUCCCUCGGCCUCGACGUCCUGCUCGACAUCUUCAUGCGCCUCCCCUCCCUCGCCACGCUUGUCCGGGCCGCCCACACCUGCCGCGCGGUGGCCUCCUCCCGGGACUUCCGCCGCCGCUUCCGGGAGGCGCACCCGGCGCCCCUGCUCGGCCUCUUCUUCGACCCUCGUCCCGGCGCCGCCCAAGGCCCUGCUCUCCCCGUCUUCCCCUCCUUCGUCCCCUCGCGCCGCGCCGACAGGGACCAGGCCGCCGCCAUCCGCGGCGGCGACUUCUUCCUCAGCUCCCUCCAGGAGCGCCCGGGCGGCCUCCACGGCUGGGACAUCCACGACUGCCGUGGCGGGUACAUCCUCGUCGGUAACAGCCAUCACAAAUCAAUGGCAGUGCUGAAUCCCUUGGCGCGACGGUUCUUUGAUCUUGGCCGCCAUGGCCACGAGGACACCCUUGAUGUUGAUGGUAACUGCGGCCUCCCGGUGCCCCACGACGCGUGCCACCUCUGCUGCUCCAACUCCGAGGUGUCCCUCAACGCCCGUUUGCUCUGCUCCGAGGAAGACCCCAUGUCGUUCCGCGUGGUCAUUCUUGCCCAUGACAAGCCGUCCAGCAGGGUACGGGCGACGGUCUUCUCCUCGGACACCGGCGAGUGGUCCGUUCAUCCGUGGGUGGAUGUCCCGCCGCUGACACCACUGCCAGAGCCCUUCAAAGCGUGGCCUCUCAACAGCAACAUGCAGGCGAAUGGGAUGCUGUGUUGGGCUUACAACUAUCUGACACACAUGCUCACACUGGACACGGCGACAAUGGAGUUCUCGGUGGCCGAGCUCCCUCGAUGUGUGAGUACACGGGAAUGCAGCUUUGUCGUUGGCGAGACGAUCGACGGUGCGCCCUGCGUUGUCUAUGCUCUGAAGUUCAGAGUCUGCCUGUUUCUGCAAACAUUGGAUGGUGAUGGCGUCAAGAGGUGGGUAAUGGACAAGGCCGCUUCCUUAGACACACAACUUGAUGGGGUCUUGGGAAACUUGAAGAGCAAGUACACCGAGCUGAAGGUCGUGGCAGUCAGGGAUGGCUUCGCAUACUUGGCAACAUCGGUGAGGUACCGUUCCGACAAGAGCCCGAGCUGGGUGUUGUCCCUCUGCUUGGAAACGAUGCCACUGGAGAAGCUGUUUCAGAGGCCUUAUGAGUGUUGUGUGCACCCCUAUGUUUGGAAACUGCUUGGAAACUGCCUCGUUCGGCUGGCUGGUGGCUGGUGGCUGGGCUGAUCUGGCGUGAGAGAAAAACACUGCUGGCUGGCUGGCUGGCUGGUGGCUGGGCUGAUUUGGCGUGAGAGGAAAACACUGUUGCUGGCUGGCUGAAGCUACCAGCCGAACAAGUAUGUUAUGUCAUGGCCUCUUUCAUUAGUUGGUAACUAUGGUUGUUUCGCACUCAAAGAUGGCCCAUGAACUGUCCCUCCACCGAAGCCACUAUUUUUCGCGAACGUGCCUUAGCACGUAUUUCAUUAAGAGGGAACACCGAAGCCACUAUAAAGCUUGCUAGUUCACUUUACACGCAGUGUAUGUGGCGAAAGGAUCAAAUGUUUGAUAAACAGAGUAGCCUAUGAAAGAGGAAUAAUUUUUCUUCAGUUAAA